AUGUCCGCGACGCUGCACACGACGUGCGGCGACGUCAAGGUCGAGCUUCACGUCGCGGACUGCCCGAGGGCGUGCGAGAACUUUCUGGCGCUGUGCGCGAGCGGGUACUACGAUCAGUGCGCGUUUCAUCGAUGCGUGAAAAACUUUAUGAUUCAGAGCGGCGACCCCACGGGCACGGGACGAGGCGGGACGUCGAUAUACGACGGACGCGCGUUUAAGGAUGAGAUACGCGCGCACCUGCGGUUCUCGCGUCGAGGGAUGCUGGCGAUGGCGAACGCGGGGCCGAACACGAAUCAGAGCCAGUUUUUUUUGAGCUUCGCGAAGCUGCCGCACCUGGACGGGAAGGUGACGAUAUUCGGACGGGUGAUCGACGGGCACGGGACGCUGGACGCGCUGGAACGGUUGGCGGUGGACGAACGGGAUCGGCCGGUGAGGGACGCGAAGAUUGAGAGGGUGACGAUUCACGCGAAUCCGUUGGCGUAG